GAAGCAGUUCUUCAUUUCUGGCUGCUAGAGAUUACCAACAUGACAGCAAAUCGUCCACACGUGCCUAAAUUCGGAGACUGGAAGCAAGAUGUUCCAUUCACGGUUGUGUUCGAUAAAGCCAGUAGGUCAAAACAAGAUGCAAGCAAGUCUAAUCCCUACGAGUAUCCAAACAUGAGUCCAAGUCCUGCGCAAACUCCAAAUCAUAGACAGGACCAACCACCAAACAACAAUGUAAGAUCAAGACACGAAAGACUCAGUAGUAGAGAAGAAACCGAGUUCAGGUCGUCUCCUGCACACAAUGAAAGAAACAGCAGAGUCAGAGCUCCUCCUCCAGCAGAAACUUACAACCGUCAAGCAUAUGGUGGUGGAGGUAGGUCACAUGGAAAUCCACCGGAAACAAAUAGACGUCAAGCAUAUGAACCUCCACCGGUGCAACCUAGGCCGAUACGCAAUCUUAGAGGUCCUAGCAAUGAAAGGGUCUCAGUUCCACCGUUUCCAGGAUCGGGUUCGGGGGAUCAGAGCUACACACUCAUCUUUGAAAAAGUGAAGGAAGACAGGAAGCAAAGUGGGAGUCUGAGGUCUUCCAAUGGAUCUGCUCAUACCACCCCGAGUCGGCCACUCAACGACCAACAUCAAAAACCGCUACCUUCUAGUCCCAAGGUAUUUAUGUAUUCGUUAUACUGUCAUACAAUUAUUUGAGUAACUAUGCAAGCUUUGAUUAAAGAGUAUAUAGCCAUGCAUCAAAAGUAUAUAUCAUAAUCUACUUUUCAUUUACCAUUGUAAUAUUUUACAUGGUAGACAAUAUUGGCCAGUGACAAGCUAACUUAUUAUUCCUUGGCUGUAUUCUUUAAUUACCUACCUGCCCUAUAUCAUCAAACGAUAGUAUUUGGUUAAUAUAUAAGAGUAUGAGACAUUGAAACAUUUUCAUAUACUUUUCAGCGAAAAAAAAAUCCUCAUAUGUUCAUCUUCAUACAUAAAUUAAUUAUUUGGCAAUCUAACAUGACGUUUGUUGUAAAAUGUGAUGUGCAGAGUUGCUGCUUCCCUCCAUGGGGCCGAAAGUGAAGGAACUGAAGAUAAUUCGUUUCUUCUUUAUCAUCAAAUUCAUUGUUUGUUGUUUGCUUCUGCAUAAUUUUUUAUUUGAUGUUAUGUACUCUUUUGUGUUUAUUUUUCGAUUGAUAACCACCACAAUUUCGUCUCUACUAAAACCUUGUUUUUUUUUGUUAUAUGAGUUGCAUGGUGAUGCUUCAGGCUAAGUGCGCUGACAAAAACAUAAGUACAUAACAAUCACUACAUAUGAUUUGUCUUCAUAUAUAUUAUGUAUAUUAAAGAAGCUUAUGAAACUUGUAAUGUACCUGGGUUUGUAUAUAGCCUUGCGUGCUGUGAAAAUCUACAAUUGAGGUUCAAAGGUACAUCUUCUCUAUUAAAAGAGAAGUACCAAAUUUAUCUACUAUUUAUGAGUCAUAUUGGACUAUGUCAUUAGUUAUUGAUUUAACAUAUUUGAUUGUUACAUUAACCAAUCAAAUAUAUAUUAUUUGCAAAAUAUCUUAAUAAUU